GAAAAAAGUCGCCCUUUUACGCACGCGCGCGCGAGCGAGAGAGAGAGAGAGAUCCGAGUCCGAGAUCACUAACGAUUGGGAUUCUUGAGCUCUACUUGAGAAAUCAGUGUUCUUCUUUGCUCUGGAUUCAGCUCACCUCGUAGUUGGAUAGCUUGAUAACAAUAGAGAGAUGGAAGAGGGUUUGCAGAGCUCUCCAAACUUCAUUGACUCCAUUGAUACUGAUGAUUCCAAGUACUUAUGUGGGCUCAGCACCAUUCUCGUGGCCAACAUUCAGGAGCUAAAAGAUCGGAUUUCCCAGGUAGAGCUCAUAUUCUGCAGCCAGCUUUUUCCAAAAUUUCAGUCAAGAUCAAAAAGUUUAGAGAAGAGAAUUCUUGAGGCAAGAAAAGCUACAAAUGAUGAGUGGAAGAAGAACGAAACUUUUCUCCUAAAUCAGAUUAAAGAGGUUAAUCUUGAGAAACAAUAUGCACAAGAAGAAGUUCGGCGACUAAACAAAUCUCUUGAAGAAACCAAGACGAGUUUGAUAAAUAAGGAAGAGUUGUUAAGUAAGUAUCAAGAUGAAAAAGUACAACUUUUGGUGAAAAUUGAAAACCAAGAGAGUAAUGGAGAGAUCAUUGCCAGUCUAAAAGAACAGCUUGCUCAAAAGAAUGACGAACUGGCCAAUGAAAAGAAAUUGCAAGAGAAGCUACUGCAGCAGAUUGAUCUUAAGGAUCAUAACCUGUUGACAGAGCAGAGCAAAAGAAAAGAUUUGUUCGAAGAGUUCAGUAAGUUAAAGGACAAUUACAAGCAUCUGAAGUCUCAGUAUACUUUUCUACUUAGCAAGUGCAGCAGCAACAGAGAGCAAAAGCCUCAUCCAGACAGGAUCACAGAGGAAAAGGAUUCUCCAGGUCCCUCACUGAGCAGGAGAAGCCCCCAAGAACAUAAAGGUAAAGAUAUCAGCCCUCUGUCUUCAAGGCCAAUUGAGCUGAAGAAACUUGUGAGCAAUCAAGACUCUGGAUUCAUUAAGCCUUCACACGUAGAUUCUCGCAUAUCUCCAAAGAACCUCCCUUCAAUUACCAAAACUGAGCCAUCAAUCGGGAAGAAGCGAUCUGCUUCUUCUUCUUGGAGAGAAACAAGACAGCGUCAAGAACAAGGCAGUGGAGAUCCACACGAUGAUUUUCUCGACACUCCAAUGGAGAUAGUCAGAAACCUAAACUUAGGUCCUAAAGAAGAAGUCCAAGAUCUUCCAGUUGUUGCUCUAAAUGACAUGGAUUUCAACAAUUCAGAUGAUGAGACUCAAGAGAUGAUCAAUCCUGAUGCAGCUGCUCCUCAGAAGCAAAAUGUAUCUAUUCUUGGUCCCGGAGCGAACAAGGGUUUUAAGUAUGUGGAGCCUGUGAGGAAAAAGACGGAGAGGGAGAAUCUUAGAGGAGUUGAAUGCAAGCAAUGCAAGAAGUUCUAUGAUGCCGUUUUGCCUCAUGAUGGUACAGAUAAUGGGCAGAAAACUAUGAGAUGUGAACAUCAUGAUGGUGUAUCGAGGCAUCGGUAUAGGUACGCUCCUCCAAUGACACCUGAAGGAUUCUGGAACAUUGGUUUUGAAUCGGAGUUAUAGAUUUUAUCAUCGAAUUUGGUAGGUGAAAUGCUAUAUUUGAUUUGAGCAUAUUGAUGAACAUGAGAGCAAGUUCUUCUUUGUAGCUAAGGGUGGAAAUGAACCAAGUAAUUAAUAAAUGGUUCGAUAAUUGUUCGAAUAACUAUUCGGUCA